GCUUAACUUCAAAACCCUACGACGUUUGCAGCUUCUCAUUCCCUCUCGCUUCCAUUACUGCUGAAGAGCUUCUUAUUCGUCUGUUAGUUCCGUCGUUAUGGCUCCAAAGCGGCUUCUAGAGGACCCGCCACCUGCUUCUUCCUCGGAAGAUGAGGAAGAAACAGAGGACGACGUUGCCGAAGAAGACGAAGAAAAUGGUGAUUCCGAAGGACUGGAAGACGAAGACGAAGACGAAAACAGCCAUCAGAAUAAGAAGCCCAAGUCUAAUAAUACCCCUGUCACCAAAUCUCUAAAAGGUACACAAGACCAAUCUGCGUCAGAUUCCGGCGACGAAGCUGGGUCGGAAACGGAGUCCGACGAUUCGCGGCCCUCGCCAUCUGCCUCCGCCUUCACCAUCAAGCCUAUUGCGUCCAAACCAAUGAAAGAUUCCGUACAGUCCCAGAAAAAUUCCGCUAACCGGAAGUUGACCAUGUCGCCAACUAAGACUGUCACCGGCGGCGUGAAGCGCUCCCGGGAAAGCGAUGAUGUUGAAAGGAAAGAGUCAAAGAAGAAUAAAGUAUCUAAUGGUCAGGAUGAAGAUUUGAAAAGGGGAUCAGGUGCUCAACGCCUUUGGAGUGGAGACGACGAGGUUGCGAUUUUGGAGGGCAUGAUCGAGUACCAAUCCGAGAAAGGGGCUGACCCGUGGGCUGAUAUGGAGGCUUUUUAUGGAUUCGUUAAGGAAAAUCUUCACGCCGAUGUGUCGAAGGACCAAUUAAAGAACAAAAUCAAGAGGUUGAAACAGAAAUACCAGAGCACUGCAGAAAAGGGUAAAAAUGGUGAAGCCCCUGUUCUUGGCAAGCCACAUGACUCCAGGCUUUUCGAUCUAUCGAAGAAAAUUUGGGGAGCUUCCGUGACAAAUGGGGUGGAUGAUAGUGCUAAGAAGAAGAGAAAGCCAACUCAGAGCGAACCCAAGACUUCUGCUUCAGCAUUACCGAAUGGUGAAAUUAAUGCUGAACUAGCAAGCCCUAAUUCGUCAUUCUUUGACGCGUUACUGGCAGAUGGGAUGUCGAUACCAGAGGGUGCUGCAAGUGUUAUGAAGGAAGCUCUGCCAUUGAUAGGGAGGGCGAGGACCAGGGAAUUGGAAAGCAAGUGGAGGAAGUUGCAGGAAGAUGAAUUCAAAUUGUACUUGAAGAAGGUCGAGUUGGUUCGCGACUCUGCUAAACUGAUGUUAGAAGCGAUGAAAUCAUCCAUGUCUUAGUGUUCUAGCCAUGAUAAGGCUGUGGAUGUUUUCGUCGGCUAGACGGUCAUGAGCUUUUUCCAACUUUCAAGUAAACUGGAUACAUCUCUCCCUCCGUUAUACGAAGCUUGAGGCAAGGCACACUGGUUAUGACUUGUUUGACUCACGAAUAUUACAGUAUUUCGGAUUUUAUGUUAUACUAAUAUUGAUAUUGAUUGAUAUUGAUGUUAAACUUCUAAAA